CAGCACUAUUUCAAUUCAACUAGUCCUCUCGGUCGGGUUCAUCAAGCAUGACCCGGCCGAAGCAGGUAGCUGAAAAUAUAAUUGAUGCGGUGGGCAUUACCAGCAUAAGCCGAAAAUCGAAAUAGCACGCUGGAAGGCAAGACCAGAGAGGGAAGUUAAAAGAGAAGGCCGGCGGAAGCACGGAGCUACACAAUCAGCAGCAGCGAUGACGGAGGAGGUAGACGCGAAUGGCCUGAAAGCCGCCGGGGCUGAGCUUUUGACCGACGGACGCCACGGACUCCGUAUUCAUGGCUGGGAGAUCGUUUCCAAGAGAGGCUCUAUUCUCAGCUCUUCCUCUCAUGAACAGUGGGAAGAGAAGCUGCAGACCUCUCACUUACCAGAGAUGGUUUUUGGGGACAGCUGUUUGGUUCUCAAACAUUUGAAGAGUGGCACCAAACUUCAUUUCAAUGCAUUUGAUGCCCUUAUGGGUUGGAAGCAGGAAGCUUUACCCCCAGUUGAAGUUCCUGCUGCUGCACAGUGGAAAUUCAGAAGGUGGCACUUCCCAUUUCCCUUGAUGUUUGCCGAAAUGACUGAACUAGUUAUCAUGUCCAUGAAUUGUUACAGCAAGCCGUUCCAGCAGGUGAUCCUAGAUUAUGAUUAUACUUUCACGACACCAUAUGUUGGAAGUGAAAUGAUGGAGAAUGAAAAUGGGAAAGUCAUUGAUGUAAGUGACAAGCUUCACUGGGAGGAUUGCAAGGAGCACAUUGAUGUUGGUGCACUAGCUUCUAAAGAGCCUAUUCUUUUCUAUGAUGAGGUUGUUUUGUAUGAAGAUGAACUGGCUGAUAAUGGAGUUUCACUUCUGACUGUAAAAGUGAGGGUGAUGCCAAGUUAUUGGUUUCUUCUUUUGCGAUAUUGGCUGAGAGUUGAUGGAGUCCUGAUGAGAUUACGGGAUACACGCAUCUAUUGUGCUUUCAGUGACAGUGCAAACCCUGUUAUCCUUCGUGAAAGCUGCUGGAGACAAGUGACCUUUCAGGCUCUGUCUGCGAAAGGGUACCCUAUUGAUGAUUCUGCUUACAGUGAUCCUAACAUCAUCAGCCAGAGGCUUCCUGUCAUCAUGCAUAGGACUCAGAAGCUUAAGGGUCCAUGGUAAAUUGUGUGACUUAUUAUAGAAGAAGACGACGUUCUUCCAAUGUUGUUGUGAUAGAGGGCAAGACCCUGUAGGUGUAUUAUGUUGGCACACGCAUGUUUUGCUCAGUGAAUUUUUCAAUAUAACUUUAUGCUUGCAUAUUCGGGAGGUAAAGCAACAGAGGCCAAGUGCUGGGAUGAUAUCCAUUUCUAAUGUUCUAUUGUCAGUAGAGUAUGAUGGUUUCGAUGAAUUACAACUUGCUAUAUGGAAAGCAAAAAAAGAAAAAAGGAAGAGGAUGAUGUUUUUCCAAAGAGUGGAAUUUUUCUUUGAUAAUCGUAUUGG